AUGUCUCUCCCUACCGCCUCAUCGUCUCUGCGUUCACUGCGUACCUUGUCCCUUUCUGCAAGCAGGGGAUACGCUUCUCUUACACCUUAUUCCCCGCUUACGUCCAAUGAUCAUAUACCCAAUCGAAGACCAGCAAGACCUACUUCACCUCAAUUCUUCACAGGACGACCAACGUUCCAUGAAUCCCUUUCAGACCUAUCAUCAACCAUAACCAACACCAAACAAAGUCUAAGAAAAUCAAAUGUGUACCCAUUACCUUCCGCUUUACCUCAUAUAAAUCCACCUCAAGCAAGUUGGGUAUCAAAAGAAGAAUUGUCUUCUUUAUUCCAAGUGAAACUUCGUACCAAUACCUUGAGACAGGUGAUGGAGUUACUGACUGAAUUACAUCACUUAAGACAUAUAUCAAAUCUAGCUGGAUAUCCUGAUUUAGUUAAUAAGAUAGAUCAAACUUUGGAUAAAUAUGAAAGGAACCAUUCGUCUUCAACAUCAGUCUCAACAUCAACCUCAAACUUCAAUGAGGACGAGAAAUUUCAAUUGAAUCAAGAUAAAAGUGGAAUAGAUCAAUUCGGUAGAGCUUAUUCAAGUGGUAGAAAGAAGACGUCAAGUUCGAGAAUCUGGUUGAUCCCUUCAAAUUCACUCUUAAUUUCGUCAUCGUCAUCAUCAUCAUCAACGUCAACGACAUCAACAACAUCACCGACAACCACAUCAACAGAAGUCAAGGGAAAUGAGAAAAUCAAAUCUGAUUUAUUGAUAAACCAUAUUCCACUUUCACAAUAUUUCCCUAGACCAUCAGAUAGAGAAACGAUCUUGAGACCGCUAAAAAUCACAGGAUAUCUAGGUGGUUUUAACGUAUUUGGGUUUGCGAGAGGUGGUGGAUUAUCAGGCCAAGCGGGUGCUGUAGCACUUGGUAUCGCAAGAGCUUUGAGCAUUCUGAAAGAGGACGCAAGGGAUGUUUUACAAGCCGACGGCGCCCUCAUGAGAGAUACUAGAAUGACCGAAAGAAAGAAGACAGGUAGAGCCAAGGCUAGGAAAGGAUACACUUGGGUCAAGCGAUAG